CAUGCAGGGGAGCCGAGCAAUGGAUAAUCAGGCAUAAAACGCCUGGUAGUUAUUUCGUUCUUUACAACUUCUCUCUGUGACGGUUUUUCCAGUUCACGAGCAAAAGGGGAGCACAAUACUGUAUGCGGCAAGAUGUUCACACGGAAAAAGGAAGAAGUGAGGUGGCAUGAGCGCUACGAUGAAGAUGCUGUCAAGAAAGCCGAGAGUGAACUUGAAAGGAAACACGAAGAAAAGCUGGCAAGGGAAAGGGCCAGUCGGCAACGAGAAAGGGAGGAGAGAGAUGACAGGGAGAGACGUGAACGUGAGAGAAAGGAGCAACAAGAGCUUACCAAGAGGAUGACCGUUCUUCGGAGCGGUCUUACAAGUGGCCUGAAAAAUUACACAGUCGGCUCUAAAACAAACAUCGCCAAACAGGGAAUUGGCCACGUCAACAUAGCAAUGUUUGGGCCCACUGGAAGCGGCAAGUCAAGUUUCAUUCAGAUUGCUGAAACAAUUCUCUUGGGCCCUGAAAAGACUACAAUCAUGACACAGUCGGAUGCUAAAGAGGGGACGAUCAUUCUGCUGCCAUUCCUCACCGACUUAAACUUCCAUCUAUUCGACACCAGGGGUUUCUUCGACUUGAACGAGUCCAUGCAUCAAGAGUUGAAUAACAUACUUACAGGGAGAAUCCGGCCGUCUCAGGUGAUUGCGAGAGAGGAAGACGCAGGAUCUCUCCCCCGCGGUCAGGCCAUGCGGCAGGGUUAUAUCCCGCUGAAGGACAAAAUGCAUGGUAUUAUCUGCAUUCUGGGCCACAAGGAUCCCAAAGAGUACAGCGCCAAGAUGCAAGCGAUUAGGAAAGGCUUAAAGGAGGAAGGAUACAGUCCUGUGGGCGCGGUGGCUUUUGAAAGUGAGAGGGACUUCGUCAACGAAGAAAAGAGAGGAAGGCAGAUGGUCAAAAUGUCUGCCGCAAUGGGAAGUCCACUCGACAGAACGUUCGCUUUCGUCAACCACAUUGCAACUCAAACCAAGAUAUCUCCAGAGUCUGCUAUCAGUGUGAUGGACAUCCUGGACACGGCCCUGGUAGCAGCUGAAGGGUACAUCAAGGUGCAGCAGCAGCGGGAGACCUACGCAAAAGAACGCGAAAAACAUACAUACGCUGCGUCCAUGACUAUCAGGGACUUCAUCUCCCAAAUCGCAGUGGACCACUUCUGGGAUGAGGCUAAGGUGAAUGAGGCAGUUCGGAAGCUGGAAGAUGAGGACAUAUUUGACGUUGCUAGGCUGAGGCAGUUCUGGGGCGAAGUAGAGUCAACGUUGAGCCUUGGAAUGAGAUCUGUCAUUCAUGAUGUGCUGUUUCCAAAGUAAAAGAAAAAAAAAAGCAAAAAAAAAAAUUCUAGGAAAUUCUAACGCAAUGAUGUGCUGUUUUCAAAGUAAAAGAAAAAAA